AUGGGAGAAAAACCCUAUGUAUGUGAUGAAUCUUCCAGGCAAAUUUCCAACCUUACUGAACACCACAGAAUCCACACUGGUGAAAGACCUUAUGAGUGUGAUGAAUGUGGGAAAUCCUUCGGGUACAAAUCAACUCUUGCUCAGCACCAGAGAACUCAUACAGCUGAGAAGUGUUAUCAGUGUGAUGAAUGUGGGAAAUUCUUCAUGCGGAGUCGUGGUCUGUUUGAACACCAGAUAAGUCACACUGGAGCAAGGCCUUAUGGGUGUCCUGAGAAUGGGAAAUCCUGUAGCCAAAGAGGCACUCCCAACAAACACCAUGAACCUCAAGCUUCAGAAAAGCCUCAUGUGUGUGAGGAGUGUGGGAAAGCAUUCAUUUACAAAUCUAAGUUUGCUCGACACCAGAGAUCUCACACUGGGGAGAAGCCAUUUGAGUGGAAAGAAUGUGGGAAAUUUUUUCAAGAAAGCAAUGGUCUCAUGCAACAUCAGAAAAUUCACACUGGACUAAAGCCUUAUAAAUGUGGCCAGUGUGGUAAAUCUUUUGUCCAAAAGUUCCAUCUCUUUCAACACCAUGUAGAUCAUAUGGGAGAAAGGCCAUACGUGUGUGGCAAAUGUGGGAAAUCUUUUCCUCAACAGUCUACCCUGUUACUACACAGAAAAAUCGCACACCAUGGUGAGGCCUCAUGA